AUGAAAAGAUACGUUGUAAAUAAUAAUAACACAUUACAUGAGUCCAAAAAAAUAAGAGUAGCAUACGAAUAUGAAAGUGAAAUAAAAAAAACAGGCUGCAACUCACCAAGUAUUUUUGACCUUAAUUAUAUUUAUAACAGUAUAGGAAGCAUGGAAAGGAAAAAAGUAAAUGUAGAAAAAUUGAAUUUGUUUAAUAUAGAAGAAAAUGUAAAGAGACAAAAAACAAAUUAUUUAAAUAUUUUCAACGAUUUAAAAAAUGUAAAAGAAAUAGAGGAAUAUGAUGGUAGUGAAGGGAGCAAUAAAAACAACACCCUAUGUAGCAGCAGUAAAAAUAACACCCUAUGUAACAGUAAUAAAAGGAAACUGUGUAAUGAUAUAAAGGGGACAAUUAAAAAAACAGUUCGAAGAAAAUAUGAAUCUAUUAACAUGCAUAAUAGUGAUCAUAUAAAUAGUAGAAAAAUAAUGGAUAGUCAAAAAAAAGACGAGAAUGAAGAAAACAAAAAAUGCAACCUCAUUAAAAAUAAAUAUUAUGAAAAAAUAAAUAGUUUACUAAAACAAAUGCAUAUGAAUAAAAUUGCUCGAAAAAAUGGAUAA